UCACAUUCCACCAGAAGCUUCCAGAAGAGCCCACAUGAAAAAGCCCUUCAACAAUACUCCUAAACAACUGCGGGGAAACACACUUGGGAUACCCUGCAAGAGGCUGUAGCUGAAACAUGGCUCAGAGUGACUUCCUCUACCCAGAAAACCCAAGGAGGCGGCAGGAGGUGAGCCGCCUUCACCGGCAGCUCCUGGACUGCUUGUCUGACAGCUUCCAGGUCACCAACAAGCUCACCGGGGUUCUCAACACCCACCUGGGUUGUAGGCUGGCCUUCAUUGAAAUGAGAAGAGAUGGCACCAUUAAAGAAAACUGUGACAUCAUUAUCCAAGCAGUGAUCAAAAUCCAAAAGGAACUGCAGAAGGUUGACGAGGCACUGAAAGACAAGCUGGAGCCAACCCUCUAUCGGAAGCUUCAGGAUAUUAAGGAAGGAGAGACAGAGAAGAUUGCGAUCGUGCAAAAGGUCAUUUCUGUCAUCCUUGGAGAAGCUACAUCUGCGGCCAGCGCAGUGGCUGUCAAACUCGUGGGCUCAAAUGUCACAUCUGGCAUCAUUAGCAAGCUGGUCACAGUGCUCGCUCACAUCGGGACCUCUCUCCUUGGCAGCAUUGGCGUUGCCGUGCUUGGCCUCGGCCUAGACAUGAUCGUCCGAGCCAUCUUGGGAGCAGUGGAGAGGACGCAGCUUCAAGCAGCCAUCAAAAGCUACGAGACACAUCUGGUGGAAUUCAAGGCCGCCUCAGAAAAGUACCACCAUGCCAUCACUGAGGUCGCUGGUGCUGUGAAGCACCAGUUAAGAUGAACGGUCACAUGUCUACCACUGGGCUAGCUCUCUGCUUCCCUCUCCAUCAUGCUUACUUCUUUACCUACUUCCAUUUCCCAAGUGCCUCCGAGGUGACCACAGAUAGAAUAAAAAUUUGGAAUUCUUAGGAUCUGUGUCAACGAGUGCCCAAAUCAGUUGUCCUAGCCCCCGAGCAAUAAGGCUCUAUCUAGUUUUCUUACCCUGCUCUCAGAACCACAUCAUAACUCAGCAGGUACAAGCUACCGUGUCCUUGUUCCCAGUCAAUGUCCUCAAAGGUUCCCACUAAUGCAGAGACCAUUACGAUCACCUGUUUCAACCAUCACGUAGGUCUGAUGAGACAUACCUAGUAACAUCUGGCGAGACACACACCUGUGGCCAUCAGGUGAAACAGAAAUAUUUCCGUUAUUUUUAACCACUGGAUUAACCACAAUUGUCUAUAAACUGGAAAAGACUGAGAAACAACAACAACAUUUUCUUCAAGAAUGAACGGAGGCAAUGGAUCUGUGAACUUCUACUAACUACAAAGUGUGUCUGAGUGGAUUUGGAAAAAGAUGAAAUAAUAAAACUUGUUUCUAUAAUGCAAUCAAUGUUGACCAACCGUCAUCUAUCUCUUUAGCGGUGGAACAUUCUGGAACAUUUUCAAAAAUAAGAAAUAACCCUGAGUUACCUGUCCAUAAAAUGCAUUAGAGUGAGGAAAAAGACUCACUGCUCCUUAAGAAUUUGUUGAUUAAAGGAAAGUAAUUAAUUGCAAGUUUUCAGGAGGAGAGGUAAUUUUAUAUUCAACACCACCAGCAAGAGGCAGCUACAUGGAGCGUUAGGUAUUUACCAUGGUAUUUACCACCGGAAACCAGAAGAGCUAGAGGCUACAGAGGCCUGCGGAUACAACUUAAUUUCUAUAGCUAAAGCACUGUUUUUCUUCUCUCCUCUUCCUCUCCUCUCCCCUCUCCUCUUCCUCUCUCCCCUCCUCUCCUCUCUCUCUGUCCCCUCUCCUCUCUCUCUUCCUACUCUGCUCUCUCCUGGCUCUGCUCUCUGCUCCCUCCCCC